GAGGCUGGGAGGCACGUUCACGCCACACCACAGCAAGGGUGACACUCCUCCCCCCGGGCAGAGCUGGGGCCGGUGGCUGAGUGAGAACCCAGCUCCCAGCCCGGAGCGACUGGAUCAGCAUGGCGCGGACUCUACUUCUGCUGGCCACUCUUCAGCUUCUGCCCCGGCUGGUGCUCCUUCAAGGUACCUCUGAAGCCCCAUCCCUGUCUAUGCAGCCCGAGAAGCCGGAGUACCUCCCCGGAGACAUUGUGGAGAUGACAUGCACCGCUCCCACUUCGGUGGCUGGAAUCCAAGGCUUCCAGUUCAACAACGGUAUUGGGAAGUCCAUCACAGUCACCGCUUCCUCCACGGGAAGUGAGACCUACAACCUGAGCCUCGCGGGGUCUCAGGACGGGGGGUUGUACCAUUGCAGAUACUCGCUGAUGCAAGGUGGUUCUCAGAUCACAUCCAGCUGGAGCAAUAAGAUCCCCAUCAGAGCGAGAGAUUACCCUCCCUGGCCGGUGCUGACUGUGGAUCCUCCAUUUGGAGUGGUGAGAGACGGGCUCCCGCCCAUUAUCACCUGCACGGCUCCGGACAAUCCUGGUGAACGGCGGUUUCACUUCUACAAGGAUGGAUCCAAGUUUCCCCCUGGGGACACAGAGCUGAAGGGCAACGCAGCAGAGACAAAGGCCAGCUCUCAGAAGCUCCACAUCCCACAGGCCGGUCCCGACAGCGCCGGGGAAUUCGCCUGCGCGUACGAGGAGAACAUGAACGGGAGGUGGCUUCUGUCCUUCAGGAGCUUGGCUGUCAACGUGACCAUGACAGAGUGCAGCAAUUUCUGCAGCUGGCUUUGUGAGGGUUUUUCUAAACCAUGAACGGCCUCCUCUUCCUCCUCUUCCACCUCUACAUGAUGAGGGAAGGUCCCAAGCCCACAGAGGGCUCAGCUCCAUUGCAAGGGGAGUAUUGCUCUGUUCCCUUUCUGUUAGUCGCUGAUCAGUCCGGCCAGUCUGGCCCCGUCUAUACAAGCCAGGCUUCCAGCCCCACCCCCCAGCCCACCCAGACAAUGAGUACAAGGAAUAGAUGCGAAGGCUCAUCUCCUGAUGGGGUGUGUUGAAAGAAAGAAAGAAAGAAAGAAAGAAAGAAAGAAAGAAAGAAAGAAAGAAAGAAAGAAAGAAAGAAAGAAAGAAAG